CGCCAUUUUCGGCUUCACCUCUGUAAGUUUUCGAGCGCAACGACGGCCGGUGACCUAACGGAAGCCACGCGCUCGCCAUGCUGGAAAUAUCCAUUUUGACGGUUGAGAACCCGUCCUGUCUCUGGGGUCGGGUGGUCCAGGGUCCCUCUGACCAGUACGACCGGCUGCUGGCUCAGAUGAACCUCUUCUACCACGACCUCACGCGGGACCCUCGCCAGCUGAAGCCCGCCGCCUUGGAGGAGGGACAGGUGUGUGUGGUGUACUGGUCGGUGAUGAAGUCGUGGUGCCGGGCCGUGGUGGAGUCCAUCUUCACGGACUCCGUGUCCUGUCAGGCUCGCUGUCUCCUGGUGGACCAGGGAGAGCGACUCAUCGUCCCCUCAGACAAGAUCCGAGUCGCCGCGCCGAGCUUCCUCCAGCUGCCGUUCUGGGUGAGGAGGUUCCAACUGGCGGGAAUCAAACCCACGACCCUCCGGGUGUCCGUCUACGAGGAGGAGGCCGGGCUCAUCCGCUGCUCUCAGUGGGACAGCUCCGCCACGCUCUACCUGCACAGCCUGCUGCAAGCGUCGACGCUCACCGAGGCCGUGCUGCUGGAGGCGCUGCCGGGCUCCACCGGCGUGGAGCUGUACGUGACGGUGGGCGGCGUCAAGAUCUGCGUGAAGGACGACCUCGUGGCCAAGAGGUUCGCGUACUACAGCGGCGCUCUGGAGGAGGUGGACCGCCGGCCCGUCAUGCUGGCCUCCAGCGUCCUGACCCAGACCGCCAUGAAGCCCACGCCACGGACCACCCGAGCUCCCCACGGUUUCCCGAGCUUCGGACAACAACGUAAGCUGGAGGCCUCCGAGCAAGGCAGCGGGUCAACGGUCACGGACCAGCAGCACGGCCCCAACGCUGCUGCAGAGAGUGACUCGUCUCUGGCUGCGUCUCUGAAGAAGAACCUCAGUCUGUUCAGGUUCCUGAAGUUCCUGAACCCGGCGGACGGCGAGCCGGCGGCGCCCACCGUGAGUCAGCGUGGAGCCGGAGAGACGACCACAGCACAGGAAGAGACGAGUGAAACUGGAGGUGAGAGUCUGGAGGAGGAAACCAGUGUGGGUGCGUCGGUGGGGUCCUCAGAGAAGCCGUGGAGGACCAAAGAGGACCGAGCCCGUUCACGUCUGUUGCAGUGGCUGAACCCGGAGCCGCCGAGCGACGACCCCGACGCCACGGACGCCGAGGCCUCCGGUGACCCCGCCCGGACCUGGGGGGGGGUUCUGGUGCACUCUGCCCUCCCGGUGACGCCGUGCAGCGGCCUGGACGACGCCCCCAUCACGGACGCCCUGCGCUCGGUGCUCAGGAGGAAGUCGUACGGCGCCCCGUCCGCCGCCGACCGCUACGCCUGGCCGGCCGUCGCCCGAGGGUGCAACGUCGCCGUGGUGUCGCCCGACGCCGACCAGCCGCUCGGCUACGUCGCCCCGCUGCUCAGCCACAUGCUGCUCAACUCCAUCUUCACCUCCCUCACCUCCAGCGCGGCGGGGCCCGUGGCGGUGCUGCUGUGCCCCGGCUGGCAGAAGGUGCAGGCGGUCUACGACCUGCUGGACGAGACGAAGGCCGCCGCCGCGCUGCAGCCAAUCAGCCUGCUGCUCGGGGUCAAGGGACACGCCCACAACACCACCAUCCCCAAGAACUGCCUGCUGCUGGUGACCACUCCCUUCAGUCUGGUGCGUCUGCUGGCGUCUCACUGCUUCCUGUUCCUGCGUCUCUCCCACCUGGUGCUGGACGAGGCCGACCGGCUCUUCGCUCUCGCCCCGGACCAGAUGGCCACCAUCUUGCAGCAUUUCCAGAAGGUGACCUCCGGCGAGGAGAUGGGCUCCUGCCCCCAGCAGCUUGUCGCCGUGGCGACGCGGUGGACCGGUCACAUGGAGGCUCUGGUAGCCAAUCACAUGCCGUGCCCGUGCAUCGUGGUGGCCGCGCCCGAGGAAGCCGCUCUCUACGGGAACGUGCAGCAGAUCAUCCUCAUGACUCUAGAGAGCAACAAGGCGACGGUGAUGCUGAGCGCGUUGGAUUUCAACCCCGAUGAGGGCCAGAAGACUCUCAUCGUAGCCAACUCUGCUGAGGAGGUUGAAGACGUGUUCAAGGUCAUGACCUUCUCUCUCCAUGCACCUUUCACCCGAUGCAGGGAACCGGUCCUCCUCACAAUGGACCCGCUUCCCGUUUCCUCCGACCUGCAGGUGGUGAGCAACAAGUCGGCCUUCUGUCUCAAGACCCACGAGGGGUUAACGCACCAGUUUGACGUCGUCAUGCAGCAGUGGAGGAAAGACAUCGGGCCCGGCACGCACGUCAUUCUGGUGACCACCAGCGAGUGCCUGAGGUGUCUGGGCGUCCGAGACGCCACCUGCGUCGUCCACUACGGCUUCCCGCCGUCGCCCAAGCAGUUCGGCGUGCGUCUCUCCUGCAUGGCCGACGGCUUCAGGAACCUCUCCGCACGAGUCCCCCCCGAGGACUCGACGGGGCGGCCGCCCGCCCGCGGCGUCCGCUCGGUUCUGCUGAUCUCCGAGAGGAACGCCGGUCACGUGGUCGGCGUCCUGCGCUACCUGGAGAGGACCAACGCCCCGCUGCCCCCCGAGCUGCUGGUCUUCGCCCGCAGGGUCUACGAGGCCCGCGAGGACCAGAAGACCGACAGGCCUCUAUGCGGCUACCUCAAGAGCUUCGGCGUCUGCAGGAGCCUUCCGGUCCUCGGCCUCCGUGUGUUCUGGUUGAACCCAAAUGAUCCUCCAGGUGGUUCUGUGUCCCACAGAGCCGGCGCCUCUUGUCCCGACCGCCAUCGCUUCGUCCCCCAGCUGGACCGGUCGGCGCUGCCGGCCUCCGGACUCAUAGAAUUCGUGCCCCUCCACGUGAAGACGGCGUCGGUGUUCUGGGGCCGCCUGGUCCAGAAGGAGGAGGAGGGGGGCGGCGGCUUCGGCGCCAUGGCGGCCCAGAUGGAGGCUCACUUCCACGCCAACGGGAAACCUGCCGCCACGGAGCUGCUGGAGGGCGGAGUCUACGCCGUGCAGCAGGACCAGGCCUUCCACAGGGUGAAGCUCCUCUCUGUGCCGCCUCGGGGUGACCGCCUGUUCUUCAGCGUGGAGGCUCUGUUCCUGGACGUGGGGAAGGAGGCGCAGGUCAAGUCCCACCAGGUGCUGCAGCUGCCGGAGCGGUUCCACUCGCUGCCCGGCCAGGCCGUGGAGGUCGUGGUGUGCCGGGUCCAGCCGGCCGACGGCGAGACCGACUGGCACCCCAAGGUCACCAGAGCGAUCAACCAGAGGAUCCGAGGCCGGCAGCACCGAGCCAGAGCCGUGUUCAGUCUGGGGAACACGGUGUUCGUGGAUCCCAUGGUGUGUGUGACGCAGCUUCCAGAUAUGAAAACGGUGAUCAACGAGUACAGCGUGCGGGCGGAGAUCCUGAGCACCGGCAUGGCCGUCGGCAACCAGCAGCACCUGGACCUGCUGAGGGCGCUCUGCCACGAGGGCCCCGAGGAGGGCCCCGAGGAGGGCCCCGUCUCCGAGUCGGGGGGCGGCCCGCCGUCUCCGGGGGGCGGGGUCGACGCCGAGGUUCUGGACGACCUGCCGCAGCUCGAGCCGCUGAGGCCGGCAUCGGCGCCGCAAACGCCACCGGCAGCCAAACUCCGCGUGGUGCAGAGCCCCCUGCUGGCCGGCCAGGCUACUGCGUGUCUGGGAGCCGCCCGCCCGGCUGAUCUGGAGUCAGCUGAGACGCUCGUGACCUUCCACCCUCCGGCCCGCUGGUACCAGACGCCCGACUCCGCCAUCGUGACGGUGAAGCUGAGGAACCCGGAGAGCCAGCGCUGUGACUUCUACGCCGACAGAGUCGUUUACAGUUGCAGAGCCAACGGUCGGGCCUACAGAGCCGACCUGCUGCUUCACGGCGACGUCGCCGUCGAGCGCUGCAGCUGGGAGAUGAAGUCCAACGAGCCGGUGCUCAAACUGGCCAAAGGAGUGCCGGGCCACUGGGAUCGACUCCUCCGGAGCAAGAAUAUUUUUGUGAGUUACGACACGGAGCACAUCGACGAGGACGAAGACGAGGACAGAACCCCGGACGGACCGCGCUUUGUGGAGGACGAGGGGGAGGACAACCGCUACGUGAACUUGGAGAGCGACAGCGACUGAAGAUUUACAAGAAACGAACGGGCGCCGCCGCCGCUCGGCUACCGAGACGCUCCACGUCAAAACGGAACGAUGCCGUCAGAUCUACAGAGAUCGGCAGUUUAAAGCAACUCGAGAGUUGAAGCAAAAAAUUUAAAAAAUAUGUUGUGUUAAAGCUGCAUUCUCUCUACUGACCACCAGGGGGCGACUCCUCUGGUUGUAUUGGUCCUACCCUGUUUAAAAAAAGGACAAACGUAAAAUAUAAAACGUGGAUUUUUUCUCAUCUUUAACGUUCAGUCUAUGAAAGCGUCUGAAACCCUCCCCCGCUUCCUCCCACGGCCCAAAGACAUGCAGCUAUAUAUAUAAACAAACAUUUACGGCCUAAAUUCAAGGCGUUGAAUUCUGUUAAAAUACAAAAUAUUAUUUCCCUUUUUUGUUACCGUGUCUAAUGAGGAAGUAUUAAUAUAAUUUUUUCGUAAUAUGUAUUAAUGUUUAAUAAAUAAUGUACUAUGGAUCGGUUAGCCGUUAUUAAUGCCAACGUCUGGGUUGCCAGGUUGUGAAAGAUCCUUCCGUCGCUGAAUUCUCUUUCUGUUUGAAAACAAAGCCGACGGCUUCCAGUUUAAUGUCAGUUUAUUUUGCGGGGUAAUCCGCGAUGGAUCCAGAUCCUCUGAAGCUGUUAAUUAAAGGAACAGUGUGAGGUUGUUGGUUGCUUUAAAAACAACAACAACAACAUGUAGAGAACUUUUAAAUCAACCAAUUUCAGAACAGGAAUUUACGUAAUUUAUAAUUUAGAUAUCAAUGAAUAUUGUUUCUAGAGCGGUGAAGUCGCUUUGUGAAGUCGUUGAUGUCGCCAAGAACCACUUUAGUUAGUUUGCUGGAUAACUUUACUUUAGCUGGCUAACUUUAUUUUAGCUGGCUAACUUUACUUCAGCUGGAUAACUUUGGUUUAGCUGGCUAACUUUAUUUUAGCUGACUAACUUUACUUUAGCUGGAUAACUACUUUAGCUGGCUCAUUUUAGUUUAGCUGACGAACUUAAUAAACUAAGUGACACAUGUUUUUACAUGCGAGUGAAACUUUUCAAGAUGCCAGAAUCGGCUUCAUCGCUUAAAAAAUAUAUUUAACGUUGAAUAAACUUCAGGUGAAACUAAUUAAAUGUAACCUGUCGUUAAUCUGGAGGUACGAGAGUUUCUGAAUACUUUAUGAUUCAAUGAAGUUUAAUACGCUCACAUUUAGUUUGUUCAUGUUUUAGAUGGUUUGUGUUGUUUGCUCAUUCAGUUGUUGUUUAUUGUUGUUUACAUUCCUGCAUUCACAAUGUUAAAUUAAAGUUCAUCAGUAUUAUC